AUGCAUUUCGCGCCAUUGCUCUCCUGCCUUGCUGUCGUAGCUUGUGCGCAUGCACAGCUAUUGGAUCUUCCGCAAGUUGACAAGCUGGUCAAGGAGGCCUUGAAGCCGCUGGCCGCGUACACGAACUAUCAUGGACCCAAGGCGGAUGCCGACGAUUCUUCAUACUGGCUGGCGGACAUCAGUCAUCAAGGUCUGGCCGCAUUCAAUUCCAAUCCAUCUGGAUAUAAGGUAUUCCGCAAUGUCAAGGACUACGGUGCCGUCGGUGACGGCGUGACGGAUGACACCGCUGCAAUCAAUGCUGCCAUUAGUGAUGGUGGCCGUUUUGGUCCUUCAAGCCGCGAGUCAUCUACAACAACCCCUGCCAUUGUGUACUUCCCAGCCGGAACAUACCUGAUAUCGUCGUCAAUCAUUGACUAUUACUUUACCCAACUGAUUGGCAAUCCCAACUCAGUACCAGUCAUCAAGGCAACACCCGGGUUCACAGGCCUUGGUUUGAUUGACGGAGACCAAUACCAGAGCGAUGGCAAUCAGGGCUGGGGCUCUACAAACGUCUUCUACAGACAGAUCCGGAAUUUGAAGCUAGACAUGACCUCUAUCCCAGCCAGUUCUGCUGCUACUGGUAUUCACUGGCCGACUGGACAGGCCACUAGCAUCCAGAAUGUUCAAAUUGCGAUGAGUUCUGCGUCGGGCACUCAGCACCAGGGCAUUUUUAUCGAGAAUGGCUCUGGAGGCUUCUUGACCGACCUCACAAUCACCGGUGGACUCUACGGACUUAACGUCGGCAACCAGCAAUUCACUAUGCGCAACGUGGCUGUCUCCGACGCAGUGACUGGUAUCUCCCAAAUUUGGGACUGGGGUUGGACAUAUCAGGGACUCACCCUGACCAACUGUACAACUGGCCUCUCGAUCAGCAAUGGAGGUGCUGGUAAUCAGCUCGUUGGCUCGGUUAAUGUUCUUGAUAGUACCAUCCAGGAUUGCCCUACCUUCGUGACCACGGCCUGGGCUAGCUCAAGUUCGUCAAACGGUAGUCUUAUCCUGGAGAACAUUGCCCUUGACAAUGUUCCCGUCGCAGUCAAGGGUACUAGCGGCACUGUCUUGGCCGGAACAACAGGUACUACGACCAUUAGCGCUUGGGGCCAGGGUCACAAGUACACUCCGAGCGGGCCCACCAACUUCCAGGGCAGCUUUACCCCACCAACGCGUCCGAGUUCUUUGCUCGCGAGCGGUUCAUCAAGUUACUACACCAAGACCAAGCCUCAGUAUGAGGCUUCGCCUACAUCCUCAUUCGUCAGCAUUCGCAGCGCUGGAGCCAAGGGCGAUGGCUCCACAGAUGACACUGCAGCCAUUCAAUCAGCAAUUACCUCGGCGGCAUCGUCUGGUCAAAUUGUCUUCUUUGAUCAAGGAACAUAUAAGGUCACAGGUACCAUUUAUGUUCCGUCCGGCUCCCGGAUUGUUGGCGAGGCAUACCCAGUGAUCAUGGCUAGCGGAAGCAAGUUUUCAAGCAUCUCUAGUCCUGUGCCUGUCAUCCAGGUUGGCAAAUCUGGUGAGUCUGGGUCUAUUGAAUGGUCAGAUAUGAUUGUUAGCACACAAGGAUCUGCGCCGGGAGCUGUCCUUAUUGAAUGGAACUUGGCUGCAGCAUCCGGCUCUGGUAUGUGGGAUGUUCACACCCGCAUUGGAGGAUUCACCGGCUCUCAGCAACAGGUCGCUCAGUGUCCCACUACUGCCGCUGUGAGCGCUGCGUGCGAAGUUGCUUAUAUGUCGAUGCAUAUCACUAGCAGCGCGAGUGGUGUGUACUUGGAGAAUGUGUGGCUUUGGACUGCGGACCACGAUCUUGAUAGUGCCUCCAACACCCAGAUCUCGGUGUAUACUGGCCGUGGCCUGCUGAUUGAAGGAAAGAAUAUCUGGCUCAUUGGAACCGCGGUAGAACACCACUCUCUGUAUCAGUACCAAUUCUCCGGUGCCAGCUCAAUCAUGGCAGGAUUCAUUCAGACUGAGACACCGUACUAUCAACCCAACCCCAACGCAGCGAACAGCCCUUACCCAACCAACUCUGCCUUGAAUGACCCCAGCUACAGCAGCUGCCUCGGGGGAAAUUGCGACGCCCUGGGUCUCCGCGUGCUCAACAGCCAGGACCUCGUUAUUUAUGGAGCCGGGCUGUACAGCUUCUUCAACAACUACAGCACUGCCUGCUCCACAUUCCCCACUCCCGAGAAUUGCCAGAGCGAGAUCUUCAGUAUCGAAGGCACCACUAGUGGAUUGGUGGUUUACUCGCUGAGCACCGUGGGAACGACCAACAUGAUUGUCAAGGAUGGCAGCUCUCUUGCUGUUGUCAGCGAUAACCUGGACACCUUUGCUGCUACCAUUGCGUACUUCACUCUCUAG